AUCAACCAUGGCCGAGCAACUUGCACAAGACAAGGGAAAGGGAAAGAAGCCGGCGAACGCGUCAAAACCACGCAAGAGAUUUGUUGGUUCCAAGUCAUCGGGGCCGACAAGGUCUGGUCCUCCUCCCGUCGUCGCGAACCAGAUCCCAGACGAUAUCCUGUCCGAUGUCCUCCUUAACCAGGCUAUCAGCCAGCUGCCUUCCAACUACUCGUUCGAGAUACACAAGACUAUCCAUCAUGUCCGCAAGAACAAUGCAAAUAUGGUUUCUCUUCAGAUGCCAGAGGGUCUGCAGAUGUUUGCAUGCACUAUAGCAGACAUCAUCGAGAGAUUCACUGACGCUCUGACCGUUAUCAUGGGCGACGUCACUUAUGGAGCAUGCUGUAUCGAUGAUUACACUGCUAAAGCGCUUGGCUGCGACAUGCUCAUACACUACGGGCAUAGUUGUCUUGUGCCAAUGGAUCAAACAUCGAUAAAGACGCUUUAUGUUUUCGUAGAGAUAUCUGUCGACUCCUCUCAUGUCGCCGAAACUAUCAGACUGAACUUCCCGGACGAUCGGCAAGUCUUCCGAGAAAAGAUUCUUGACCGGGAACCUUCAUCGGACGCUGGCACCGCGCGCCUGGAUCAUCUACGCGUCGAGGCUCCCGAAGUCAACGAGAAUGGUACAGCAGUAGACGACAGUGCUCAACCUUCCCUCUCGUCAGCAAGUCCCACCCGCUUAGCGCUCGUUUCAACGAUCCAGUUUGCCGCUGCUCUUCAGCGACUGCGUGAAGAUCUCUCAGCCGAAUGGACUGCACCCGAACCAGGACAAUCCUAUGUCGGCUUACUAGAGUCGGCACCCUCGACGUCCGCAGCGGAAAGCGCAGCCCGCCCAAAGCUCUGGCGCGGGAACUACGAUGUUUCCGUCCCCCGCUCCAAGCCACUCUCACCAGGAGAGAUCCUAGGAUGUACUGCGCCGCAACUCAACGGCGAUGCCGAUGCCAUAGUUUAUCUGGGAGAUGGCCGAUUCCAUCUAGAGGCAAUCAUGAUCGCGAACCCAGACGUCCCCGCGUUCCGGUACGACCCCUACUCAAAGAAGCUCACGCGAGAGCUAUAUGACCACCGCGAGAUGCGCACGAUCCGUGACGACGCGGUGCAGACUGCGCGCAAGAGCAUCGCCUCCCUGCCUGAAACGCAGACGCAGCAAAACGCGGGUCGAGAUCUGACAAACAGCACAGGAUCGGAUCCUAGCCAAGAUGGGCCUGUAUGGGGUGUCAUCUUGGGCACGUUGGGUAGACAAGGGAGUUUCGGACAGCUCCAGGCGAUCGCAAACCAGCUCGCAGCAUAUCGCGUCUCCAUUCCUUAUGUUCCUAUUCUCCUUUCGGAGCUCUCUCCCGCGAAGCUAUCCCUUUUCAAUCCCCAUAUCGCGACGUUUGUGCAGACUUCAUGCCCGCGUCUAUCGAUAGACUGGGGGUACGCGUUCGACAAGCCAUUGCUCAGCCCAUACGAGGCUGCGGUGGCAGUCGGCAAGGCUAAGGGAUGGAGUGUGAAGGCCGAGGAUCAGCAGCAGAGUGGGGAAGGGAGAUACCCAAUGGAUUUCUACGAGGCAGGGACGCCCUGGGCAGUGUCACGGCUCAGAGGCGAAUUUCCUUCAUAGCGAACAUCGUGAUGUUGUAACAUUAUAUGUAAUCCAUGCAGACCCAGUACACCCAAUCGC